AUGGCAGUUUAUAAGAAUAUGCUCGUGGUCUUCUUCGUGAUCGCUACCAUCAACCUGUGUUUGGCCAAAACAAAAUGGAUAUGGCAACGUGAUGAUUUCGCUGAAGACUUGGACGUGGAGAGAAGACCAAAGAUGCAACGUGAUGUUGAGAAGGAUGGAAUUCAAGACGAAAUUUUGCAUCGCCAAAUGAAGAAGAAGCGAGUCGUGCCAUCUCAAGAUCAAGUCGUGAACUAA